AUGCUGCAUUUUCCUUUUGUUUCAUACUUUCUUGUUCUGUUUUCUUUGUUCUCUGUUCAGUUUUUGUGUUAUUUUUUAAUGGGUGUUUUUGAGUUUUUUUUUUUUCCAUAUUUGUUGGACUUGGACCCAUGUAUGUGCCCACCACCAUUGUUUGUUUGUUUGUGAUCAAUGUUUGGCAGAAAAAGGUUAGAAAACUUAACAGGACCUUGGACCUUUUCCAUGUGCUAGAAUUCUAGAAAAUAGAUUGGUAGGUGAAAACUUGUGUAGUGUAACCUUUAGAUCUGUAGCCUGGUCCUGGAUUGAAAUUCGAAAUUUUUUUUUUUUGGUCUGUUGGGUGAGUGUUCUGUGUACUCCACCCAGUAUUUGAAAGAUUGCUACUUCAACCCACCUCAUAAGGUUAGAAAACUUAGGGCUCAUGGGUGAUGGGUCAAGUGACAUGAUGGCUGCAAAUUGUAUUAUCUCUGUGCAGGGGAACCAUGAUGGAGAAGAAAAGUGUUAUAAAAUCAAGAUGGAUACCCCAAUCUCCAAGCUCCUUCGUUGUUUUUGUGAAUACAAGCAAUUGGAAUAUGAUAAUGUGGUGUUUUUAAUCAAAGGCAAACGCUUCAAAGAUAAGAAAACACCAGCUGAACUCAAUCUCAAGGAUGGUGUUCAAAUUGAAGCCUUCAUGCACCAGAAUGGAGGAGGUUGCAAUGGCAUUUUAGUCCUGAAAGUUGGCUAAUAGAGUUUUAAUGAUGUCAAGUUUGUACUCAAUCAGCAUUAAAUUAAUAGAUAUUUGUUCUUAAACCUGGUUUAUGUUAUGGCAUGACUUGUGGCUUAGAGUGUGUUUGGAUGUCCUAUGGAAACAAAGUUGCUUUUCACAAUGCUUCUGUGACAUGAUUUUUAGCAGUCUUAAGGUUUGUUGUGUUAUUAGAAUACCAAGUACGUUGGCUUUCGGUGCUUUUUUGUGAAA